AUGCAGCCUAACGGAUUACUCUCCUUGGCCUUUGGCUAUCUUCUCUCUUUUUCCACAGCCCAGUCGAUCUCUUCUACUAUCUCUGGUGCAACCACCUUGGCGGGCGGUGGCAGUGGAAGCACGGCAUCGAGUAGUAGCUCUACCACCAGCCCUCCAGAUGUCUAUCUGAGAGUGCCCAAUCUAUCGGUGGGCAAGAUUGAAUUGGAUGUCGAGAAUCUCCAGGCAGAGCUCAACCUCGCUGCUGAGGUCGCCUCUCUCGUGACGAUCAAUGCUGGCGUUCAAGUGGGAGUCUCCAAAGUAAACAUUACCAUCUCCGAUGUGGAAGCUGAGUUGGAGUUGGUCAUCCGGCUUGGGAAUUUGGUGGAUAUCGUCAACAGGACACUAUCGUCCAUCGACCUAAACCCAACGCUCAUCACCCUCCUCAACACCGUCACCGACGUCGUGACAGAGGUAGUCGGCGCAGUCGACGGCCUCCUGGGCAGCAUCACCCAGGGCAACUCCCAGCUCAACUUCAUCAUCGACAACCUGGGCAACAUUGUUCAGGAGGUCGUCGGCGACGCGGGCAGCACCGUCUCCACGAUCGUGGGCAACUACCUGCAGAACAUGACCCUGGUAGGCGACGUCGAGGAACUGGGCGGCGGUCUCGUACAGAAGACGUACAGCUAUGCGCCGCUGGGCUCGCUUGUUGAUAUCGUCUUUAAUGCGCUGGGCCAGGUGGUCCAGGCGACGGUCGCCUCGUCCACCGCGGGCAGCGGGACGAGCUCGACAAGUGCGGUUACGGGGACGACGGCUACGGCGGCGCCGGCGGCGGCGAGUGCCACGGCAACUGGGGCUGCGCGGCGUGCAUGA